CUCCUUAUUUUAUGAUUAUAUCAAACGAGAAUGGCGAGCGAUAAGCCGAAGUCUUCGCGAAGUAAACGGGAGCAGGCGUUGAUCUGCUGCCGGUGAGCGCUUCGAUCGAGGGGAGGGGCUUCGGGAGAUCCUCUUCAUACCAAUCCCGGCGCUUGCAACCGAGGGAUUGACCAGGGAACGAGGGAACGCCGGGGGAAGCCAUGGUUAUGCCGCCGUCCGGCGAUGUGUGCUGCGUCUGCCACGAGCGGUUUCGGCUCCCCUGCCAAGCCAACUGUUCGCACUGGUUCUGCGGGAAUUGUAUUCUGAGGGUCUGGAAUUCUGGAUUUGUGCUCCAGCCAUGCAAGUGUCCCCUAUGCCGUCGUGCUAUAACUCUGCUUAUACCUGCAUCAACGAUAAAUGAGGACCAUGACCGGGAAGCUUAUCAAGUACUUCAGAGUAUUGAGAAUUACAAUCGCCAGUUCGGCAGAAACCCAAGCCUUAUUCAGAGGUUUCAGGAUGUUCCAUUCUUCAUAAGAAGGUUAUUGAGAGAAUUUAUGGAUCCUCAGAGAGCACUUCCCUUCGUCUUCAGAGCACGAACAGCCUUGUCUGUAUUACUGAGUAUUGGUUAUGUUGCGAGCCCCUUCGACAUUUUAUCAGAAAGGAUUUAUGGUUUUGUUGGUUUUCUCGAUGAUUUCUUAGUACUGGUGAUGGUGUUCAUCCACCUUGCUAACAUGUAUCGCGGUUUACUUCUGAAUCGCCAUGGAGGUGCUUAAAAUGCCCCACCUAGCAUCACAUAUGAAAGGGACUUAUUGAAGAUAGUAUUUGUGGUAAAUUUCCUAAGAGUCAAAAACCAAAUUAUGAAAAAUUUCUAUUGAGAUGUCAUGUUCUUAAUGUGUGUAUGUAUAAGCAGUACCAGCUCUUUUUUUCAGCUCUUUUUUUCAGCUUGAAACUUGAACAGAUUCUCAUUUAUCGAAACAUCUGACAAUGCGAUUUUAGCAAUCCUAUUUCCAUAAUAUCAAAUGGUGUUUGUACUA